AUGCGCGGCAGCCGCCGCGCCUCUGGCUACCUCGGCUCCACCUUCGGCUCAGACGCCGAGCUGCAGGCGCCAAUCCGUUCGCCACCAUUACCCACGGCGGUAGCAAGGAAGCUGAGCAGAGCUCAAGCGGUGGCGUGCGCGCGCUACGAGCAUGUGCAUGUGCAUGACUACGCCGGCCACGGGUCACCACGGCUGAAGCACAACAGACGCUUCGACACGCAGCCGUUCGCCACCGUCUUCGUGCUCACAGACCCCAUAUACUGGGACGCAGUGCUGCCGAUCGGGCUGCUGUUCCUGUACACGAUAAAGAAUGACAGCAACGAUGAGCGUGAGAACAUCCCGUUGGACUCGGCGUGA